UGUGUCUAGUGUUGAUACAGAAGAAGUGUCAGUGAUGGAGGGAGAUUCAGUCACUAUAUGCACUCAUGUUAAUAUAAACCAACAAGAAAAGAUUAAAUGGUAUUUUAAUAACACAAUCAUCGCUCUAAUCAAAGGAGAUCUCAGUGUGAUCUGUACAGAUGUUCAGUGUAAAGGUGGUGAUGUGAGAUUCAGAGACAGACUGAAGCUGGAUCAUCACACUGGAUCUCUGAACAUCAGAAACAUCACAAACACACACUCUGGAAAUUAUACACUAAUCAUCAUGAAAGGCAGCGACACUGAAAAGAUCUUCAAAAUAUUUGUUCAUGGUGUUUCUGCUGCUAAACGAGAUGAAAUGAAAAGAAAGUCAGUGGAGGAGGGAGAAUCUGUCACUUUAGGUCCUGGUGAAGAAAGAAAACCAAAUGAUGUGAUGACGUGGUAUUUUAACGACACUAUCAUCGCCAGAGAUCGGAGUAAAGAUGUUAAUGAGAGAUUCAGAGGCAGACUGAAGCUGGAUCAUCAGACUGGAUCUCUGACCAUCAUGAACACCAGAAACACAGAUGAUGGAGAAUAUAAAUUACAGAUCAGCAGCUGCAGAUUCAACAUCAUCAGGAGCUUCAGUGUUUCUGUCACUGGUGAGUAUUAUGUAGUCAUUUUAAUUUUAGAAUACAUCAUUUUUAAACUGAUCCAUUUUUUUUAUUGACCUAAUAUAUCAUAUAUUAGAGUAUCUAUUAUUUACUACUAUAACAAAAUUAAUUAGUUAAAUGCAAAUGAAAUUUAAUUCAAUGUAUGAACAAAAACAACUAAAAAAGCCAUGUUUUCCUUUUUAUUAUGGAUCACUGUUAUUCUGAGCACCAGUGGUAUUUGUCUGCAAGUCUAACACUGGAAAAAGUUAGGACUGUACAAGUAUAUUUCACAUUGUUGCAAUGGGUGCAGAUUAUGCUGGUUGCCCCGUUUGAUAAUGAAUUCAUCAACAAGUUUAACUAUCAAAUCUGAGAUUUACGAAGCAUUUGUGAAUCCAGGGGUGAGGUUUUGUAAGGUCUAUU